UAUGGAUGCCAAUCUCGGGACCGUUGUUUUAUCCAAAGGAGAGACGUUAUUUGUGGGUUGCAUUUCGCAAAAGCGAACUCUUUUUUUUUUGUUUAAUCAGUGAAGCUUCAUAGGCCACAUCCAUAUCCCCAACGGCUGCCGCUGCCCAACUGCUGGCGCCAGGCUGAAGUGGAGUGCGCACUAGUAUUGUCCUGCCGCACAUCCACUGCAUCUCCGCGAGUCAACAGUAGACAAGUGGAGAGCAACGCGGGAGGAACAGUAUUGUAAGGAUACGAGCGCUUUCCUCGGCGAGACUUCUUUGUGAAGCUUCUCUUUCUGCUGGUGGCGCCCCCUGCAGUGGUGGAUGUGGUAUGACCCUGUGUGGCAGGAAGGUGUUGACGGUGCUGAGCAGCGUGUUCGCUGUGUGUGCCCUGGGCCUGCUGGGCGUCGCUGUCAGUACUGACUACUGGCUCUAUCUGGAGGAGGGCGUCAUCCUGCCCCUCAACCAGAGUACCGAGUUACGCAUGUCCCUGCACUCGGGCCUCUGGCGGGUCUGCUUCACAGCUGGUGAUGAGAUGGGCCGUUGUUUCACCGUUCAGUAUGUGAUGCCCACCAACGUGCAGCUGACCUCUGAGUCUACAGUUAGUGUGCUGAAGAUGAUCCGUUCAGCCACUCCCUUCCCCCUGGUGAGUCUCUUCUUCUUGUUCAUCGGUUUUGUCCUGAGUAACGUCGGACACAUCCGGCCCCACCGCACCAUCCUGGCCUUCAUCUCCGGAAUCUUCUUCAUCCUCUCAGGUCUGUCUCUGGUGGUGGGCCUGGUGUUGUACAUCUCCAGUAUUAAUGAUGAGAUGUUGAACAGGACCAAGACCAACGAGGCCUACUUCAGCUACCAGUACGGCUGGUCCUUCGCGUUCGCUGCCAUCUCCUUCCUGCUCACGGAGACGGCCGGUGUCAUGUCCGUCUACCUGUUCAUGAAGCGCUACACGGCCGAGGAGAUGUACAGACCCCACCCGGGCUUAUACGGGCCGCGCCACAGCAACUGCUCCGACUACUCUGGUCAGUUUCUGCACCCGGACACCUGGAAUCAGCGCGGCCGCAGCCCCUCCAGCAUCUCCAGCGACGCCUCGCUCCAGAUGAACCACUCCCUCCACUCCAACUACCCAGCGCUCCUCAAGUGUCCCGAGUACGACCGCAUGUCCUCCUCCCCAUGCUGAGGCCCGCGUGAAGCCCUGGAGCCUGGGCGGCGGGUUGCUCACACAUCCCCAGGAAGGGAGAGUCUGGCUGGGUUGCUGAGGUGGUAGACUAGGUUGGUCGGUCUAGAGGGUGGCGAUUGGGGGGGCUGAUGGGGAGGCGCCUAGGUUGUGUUUUGCGGGAGGGGGUGCGUGUAUCUUUUUCCACGUGUGUGAUGGCUUAUUUUGAAGUCCUCUUGUAGUGCACUUUUCCCGAGUUUUGACACAUUUGUGAGAUGACGACCCCCACAGCCGACCUUCCCUCUCUGGUUUUACUCAAAGUACAGUUGAAGUAGUGAUUCUCAAUCAGACCUUGUUCACCUUCGCCAUACAGCACGUUCUCCAUCUUGGUCAAUAUAUAAGCCGAUAUCUCCCUGGUAACCCAAAUAGGACUUCUCUCAACUGUAUAACUUGUCAGAUAAUAUUAUACCAUAAGCGGGGAGAUUGAAAGUGAAAGAUUGUCCUCUCUUUUAUUAUUUUAUCUUGAUUCUAUUUAUUAUGACUGUGGUUUAAUCAUACUUCCAGAGAAAUACUUGUUUAUUACAAGUGUUUUUUUUAUCAAUUUGAUUCUUUUUUUCAUCGUCCAUGGCACGCUCAAACACUGUUGUACUGUCAACGAAGACACACAAAGUUUUUAAAAUUUUAUUUUAAAUUUAUUUUUUAAAUGGAAAGAAACCAGGAAGCUACUACUACAUCCAUGGAGUCCAAAUGGAGUCCCUGCAGAAUUACAGGGUGUACAUAAUGCAGUGAAAAGGGGUGUGAUCAAGGGAUGAUGAAGCUAAAGGAGAGAGAGAAAAGAGAAUAGUGUGUAGGCAAUAGUGUGACCAUCAGAUAUGGAGAGCCAGUUUGAAUGUAAUGUAGAUGAUGAAGAAUGCGGAGUUGAUCUAAGCUAGUCCUGAUUUUACUGUUAGUAGUGCACCAGGCACAUAUACGCUUCUGGUCAAAAGUUUUAGAACACCUACUUAUUCAAAUUUUUUAAAUUUUGUUUUACAAUUUUCCAAAUUGGAGAAUAAUAGUGAAGACUUUAAAACUAUGAAAUAACAAAUUUGGAUUCAUGUUGUAACCAAACAAGUGUUAAACAAAUCAAAAUGUAAUAUUUCAGAUUCUUCAGAUAGCCACCCUUUGCCUUGAUGACAACUUUGCACACUCUUGGCAUUCUCUCAAACAGCUUCACCAACAGUCUUGAAGGAGUUCCCACAUAUGCUGAGCACUUGUUGGCUGCUUUUCCUUCACUCUGUGGUCUGACUCAUCCCAAACUGGAAGGUAUAAUUGAGAGAAUACCAAGAGUGUACAAAGCUGUCAAGGCAAAGGGUGGCUAUUUCAAAAUAUAUAAAUAUAUUUUGAUUUGAUUAAAACUUUUUUGGUUACUAGAUGAUUCCAUGUGUUAUUUCAUAGUUUUGAUGUUUUCACUAUUAUUCUACAAUGUAGAACAUAGUCAAAAUAAAGAGAACCCCUUGAAUGAGUAGCUGUUGUACAACUUUUGACCGGCAGUGUACCUGUACAAGAAUUACUGCUCUUUGGAAAUUGAGUAAAUCACUGAAAUGUAAAAUGUAUAUUUAAAACAAGUUUUGUAUCAGAUUGCAUAUGCAUAUAAAGUGUACAGUGACAUAGCAAGCUGUUUGCUUUUGGAUUCUUGGUUGUGUCCCAAAUGGCACCCUAUUCCCGUUAGGAAUGUGACAUUGAUUAAGGAAAUACCCUGUCAGAAAAAGAUCUUAGGUGUUAAAUGUGA